AUGACGAGCAGCGGGCUGCUCGACGGCGGCAACGCUCCGGUCGAAACCCACGAGCUUCCCGUCUGGCGCGACGGCGCGUGGUCCAACGAAAAGCCGAAUGCCCGCCCUAUGCGGCGCUUUCUGCGGUCGUUCUGGAACGCCUGCCGCCUGGCCGACGAGGACGGCGAGAAGAAGCCACUCCGUCCGACAGCCUACCUCGACGGCCUGCGUGGCUUUGCUGCCUUUUUGGUGUAUAUUCAUCAUAAUGAGCUCUGGGCGCACGCGGCCAGUCCUAACGGCGACAACGAGACGUUUGAGAACGCCUUUGGCUUCAAGGAUCGCUACCACUUUGCGACGCUGCCGUUUGUCCGCAACUUCUUCACCGGCGGCCACAUAGCAGUGGCGCUCUUCUAUGUCAUAUCGGGAUACGUGCUGUGCGCCAAGGGCCUCUCCCUGAUCGUGGCGGGCGAGCACAUGAAACUGCUGGACAGCCUGGCCUCCUCCGUCUUCCGCCGCUGGUUCCGUCUUUACAUUCCUAUUUUUAUCACGACGUUCCUCUACGUCACCUCAUGGCACAUCUUCGGCCACUAUUGGGUCUCCAACUCGACUCAACACGCCACCAUCGGCGAGGAAUGGUGGGAGUGGUACGUCGAGCUGAAGAAUUUCACGUUCCUCUUUAAAGAAGGUAGCAUCUGGGUUACGAUGAACACCCACUUGUGGUCGAUUCCGUUUGAGAUGCGCGGCUCCAUGAUAUGUUUCUUGUUGAUGCUCGCCACCUACCGAACGACGCACUUUGCCCGCCAUGUCAUUAUCCUCGGCCUCAUGUUUUACUUCCUCUACAUUGUCGACGGUUACUACUGUUGCAUGUUUACGGUUGGCAUCUACUUCUGUUAUCUGGACAUCCUGGCGAAGCGCAACGACCCCGGCUUCCCUGCGAUUCUCCACAAGCUACAGCCGUACAAGACUUUUAUUGUCUACACGCUCUUCGUCAUCGGCAUGUUCCUGGCCGGCGUGCCGUCACAGAAAAACGACCUUAUGCUUCUCCGCUCCAACCCAGGCUGGUACUACCUGUCGUUCCUGAAACCGCAGGCUGUCUUUGAUCCCAAGUGGUUUUACCUCGUCUUUGCUGCCGGCAUGAUUGUCGGCACCACCCCGCACAUCCCUGUGUUGAAGCGUUUCUUCGAGUCCUCCUUCUGCCAGUACCUGGGUCGUAUCUCGUACUCCUUGUACCUGGUACACGGACCGGUCCUCGCGUCCAUUGGUGACCGCGUCUACGCCAUGACCGGAUGGUACCGUGUUGUGGAGGACCACGAUAAGAUGCUGGAGUGGUGGAUCAACCGCUUCCAGCUUCCCAAGACGGGUCCCAUGGGUCUGGAGCUCAACUUUUUGGCUCCCCAGAUCAUCAUUUUCCCUGCGACAUUCAUCUUGGCCAACCUGGUCACCAAAUACGUUGACGAGCCCGCAGUCCGCUGGCCGGCCAAGUUCUACAAGUGGGCUCUUGGCGGCGACACAACGCCCUCCCAGCCGACUGCAGCACGGCGGCCGGAAGACCCACAGCGUCUGGAGUAG